AUGGUACUUAAAUGUUCGAUUUAUGGCUGUAAUCACAGAAAAGAUCGUGAAAAAGACCUGCAGUAUUAUAGAUUACCUGCAGUAAUUACAAAUCAAGGCGCUGAAUGGGAAAAACUUACUGCAGACCGAAGAAGAGAAUGGCUAGCAAGAAUUAACCAAGACUUCAGCACGAAAAAUUUGACCAAUGUUAGAAUAUGUUCAACUCACUUCAUAAGCGGCAAGAAAGCAGAUCUGCAUGACAGACUAAAUCCCGACUGGGCACCAAGCAUAGGUCUUCGUGGAGCACAGAUCCUCGCAGAACCUGAAGAAACUCCAAGUGUAAGCCGCUAUAACAGAAUCAAGAAUCGGACCCAGCGCAGGUUGUAUUCAGAAGAGAUACGUGGAGAUGAAAUUGACAGUGUGAUAGAAGACUUCGAUGAUGUGAAUGUCAACAGCAAGUUUGUGAGUACAGGUGUGUAGACAGACAUUACAUUUAGUUUUAUCAAUGGGAUGGAGUGUGAAAUAAAUAGUCUUCGUGGAGGAUGAUGAUAAAGUGAAACAACUGACUGGUAUAAACACAUAUGCUGUGUUGAUGGUAGUAUUUGAGUAUCUUGCUAACUUUUUACCAUGCAGCGAGUCACUUUCAAAGUUUGAAAUUUUCAUUAUGACACUCAUGAGAUUGAGAUUGAAUCUUUCAUCUAUGUUCAUAGCGUAUUUAUUCCAAGUGUCACAAUCGACUGUGUCAAGACUUUUCUCUAGCACAAUAGAUGCUAUGUAUGAACGACUGCAUCCAUCCAUAUACUGGCCAGCCCGGGAAACACUUGAGAAGACAAUGCCGAUGCAAUUCAGGAAACAUUUUGGCAGAAAAUGUGCAGUCAUAAUUGAUUGUUUCGAUGUUUUCAUCGAGCGACCUUCCCGCUUAGAGGCCAGGGCCGAGACAUGGUCUUCAUAUAAGCAUCACCACACUGUAAAUUUUUUAAUCGGUAUAACUCCUCAGGGCACUGUCUGUUUUGUUUCUAAAGCUUGGGGUGGUCGCACCAGUGAUAAACAUUUGACUGAAAACUGUGGAUUUCUUUUCAAGAUCAUGCCAGGAGAUUUAGUGUUAGCUGACCGUGGGUUUGAUAUAGGUGCAAGUGUAGGGUCUCAUGCCGGUCAUGUUCAUAUUCCAGCGUUCACUCGAGGCCAAAAUCAACUUUCAGCUGCUGAUAUUGAAACAACACGCAAACUAGCAAAUGUCAGAAUCCAUGUUGAAAGAGUGAUCGGACUUGUUCGCCAGAAGUACACAUUUUUGAAUGGUGUCAUUCCUAUUCGUUUUCUGAUGCAAAAGGAUGAAAAUGAUGUGUCAACUAUAGACAAAAUAGCAUUGAUAUGCUGUGCCCUGAUUAAUUUUAAUGACUCCAUUGUAGCUGUAGAUUAAGAUCUGAAGGAUGAAAGUAAAAUGAUAAUGCAUGUAUGGAGUCGUGGUUUAAUUCUAUGCUACGGAACAAAUGCCUAAUAUACUCUAUGACUUUCAUAAUCAGUGUAUUGUAUGUAAAUGGAUGAGUUCUCUAUUGAGUAGAGGGUUAUAGUGGGUUUUAAAUGUGUGUUGACGACAAUUAAGCACAUCCAGGAAUUUUCUUUUUGUCCCUAAUGUCUGCUACAUUACAUGUCUUAGUGAUGACAUUUCAGUUGUCAAUUUUAUAACUUGUGUCACAUGUUUAUGUUGUACUAUUACAAACUGAUGAAAUAAAAUUAUAA